AUGUCUUUAAAGACAGUGGGGACGGCAUUAACCCGCACACUGUGGGUACGGGGAAACAGGACACCCCCAAUUCAUCGAUCCUCUAAAGCGAAUAGACCGUCCUCAACGUGCUGCAGCGGCAGCAGGGAGUUUGGGGGAGGAAAGAAGGGCCACGAAAAAAGUUGCAGCUCCAGCUUGGACAGACCACCGAGUGGCGACGUGCCAUCUUCCAGCGAGCCGCCCCACGGCUCCAAGAAAGGGGAGAAGAAAAGACUGAAGGAGCCCGUGGGUGCUCCGGGUGUGUCUGGUGUGAGGAGACGGUUAUACACUUCCAACGCAGCUCCAGCGAACCAGAGAGCCUACCUGUGGGCUCGGUACAAAGACAUGAAGCGGAUGGUUCACGGUAAGUUAGAGGAGUCGUUACCCCCUGAAUAAAACAGCUACUGUACAGCUCAUCUGCUCCCAGCUGCAGAGAUAUUUAACCCUAUGUGAGGACAUUUUGGUUUUGACCCACCCGACAGAUGGCACAAUAACGCUGUUUCCUCCAUGCGUCAGUAUGACGUCCAUUGUGCUUUAAAAGUGAAUUUAUCAGUCAAAAACAAGUACAGAUGGACAUUUACCCCUCUGCUGCCCCCCCAGGACAGCCUUAUCACUAACUGACAAACACGCUGAAGGAAAUAGGGGAGAGUGGGGUCAGUUGAACCAAAGGGUAACUUGGGCCACCCCCUGUUGCUUAGAAAUGGUAAAAGAAAUUGAUCAUGUGUCCAAAUAUUUAGGAGAUGGGCAUCAAUUCAUUGAGUCUGUGAAGGUUAGACGCACAUAAGUGAAGGGGUUAGACAUUAUUUACAAACAAAAAACAUUUUUCACUCUGUAAAGUGAAUUUAGUCUGUCUUAAGUUUUAUUAGAAUUGUGUCCAGACCAAAAAAGAUCAUUUUAAAUUUGUUUUAUACAUCAAUUGUGGUAUCUAUGAGCUACAACAUGGGGUCAAAAACACAAAAGUCCACCGUUUUAGCUUAGAGGACUAAUAAAUUAUUAAAAUUGAUUGUUGAAAUGUGUUAAUUUGUCUUUCCAAAAAUACAGCCGUGAAUGUUCUGAAUCACUUAAAGACAUUCUCAUGUUAAAAUCACUUUUUACAAAACAGCUUUUUAGCAAUUAUAUGAAAUAAUAAUAGAAAGAAUUAUUGUACCAGUUGAAUAGCGUAUAAUGGAUAAAAAUACACAUGAAUGUGAAGAAGUGACUGUUAUUAUUUUUUGACUGUUUUAUUUUCAGUUUUACAUACAUAUAUGCAAAAACAAACAAACAAAAAAGUCAAUAUACCAACAGUGUACAGACAAAACUUCCAGAGUAACCCCCCUACCCCCCCAAAAAAGAAUAAAAAUAAAUAAACAGGUCAGUGUAUAAAUUAUGACAGAUUACUGACUUAGAUACUUGGUGUAAAAGAAAAUCGAGUAUGGUCUAGGUUUGGCUGCCAUAUUUUCAAAAAGGUGUUGUACUGUCUUCUUAGGUGGUAUGUAUUUUUUUCCAGGGGUCUGCAACUAUUCAUUUCAAAGUGACUGUUAUUUAGGGAGAGAGAAGGUUAGGGAGGAGGCUGGGGUGGAGAGUGGGAGGGUAGUAGGAUACGGCUCAACUUACCCGACUCCUAUGGUCAACUUACCCCAUACAUGGGUUAAGUUGACCAUAAGGGACCACUUUCUUUGGCAUGCUAUCUUAUCAAGACAGUUAAGUUUACACUCAUUCUGUUGGUUUGCAGGGAUGAACAAUAUCUGAAGAAUUUAGCCAAAGGUGAAAUACAAGUCAUAGGGGUGUUAAAAAAUUGAAUUAAGUGUCAUAUCAUAGUUUCAGCUAAAAGUUAUGAAGCAAAGAAGCUUUUUAGCAUUUUUAUUUAGCUUCACUUUUUUACACAGCAUUGAAAUUGGCUAAUUGACAGUGCAAGAACUGGAAGAAAACUAUAAAUAUGACGGAUGGACAAGUGACAAUAAUGGUGUGUGCAAUAACCACAGAGUCAGGUGAUGUAAAAUAGUAAAAGUGAUGGUCAGAUUACAAUAACAGUGUUUAUUAUAGCCAUACAGAUAGUGUCAACUUAAAGUCAGCCAUAAAAGAGAGUUUGUGUGUGAAAUGUUGAGGACCUCAGAGAAGACUGUAAUGUGCCUAAUGGUUUCCCCCCUUUUGAUCUACAAAGGCGAACAAAUUCACAAAGAACAAGAAUAACAUUUUCUACUUUCAAUGCCUGUUACUGCUGAGAGGGUGCAGGUCAUGACUCGUCAUCGCACAAAUCUUGAAAAUCACUUAAACCAAUUUCUUAAUAAAAUGAGGAUGAGUCAGUUGCUUAGGCAGCACCCAGUAUUGCUUAAUAUAGGGCUGCAAUGAGCAGAAAUGAUAUCAAUAAGAAAACCAGAUGAAAACAUCCUUCUGAGGCAAGUUAUUGAAUAAAAAGUGGUCAUUUUGCAGCAUAACCAAUGACAGAUAAUUCCUCUGGCUCAUGCAUGCAGAUAUUCCCAUUUUGCAGCUUGUCAAGGCAUUAAGGUUUAUUUAAAACUGCACAUACAUCACAUCACCCGAUUGAAUCAGGGUGUUUAGUUUAGCAUGUUGACUGGCCUCAGGGUUGGCACAUACACACAUGACCACUGGCCAGCUGCAGCUUUCACUGUUCUGUCCCAGGACACAGAGACAUGGCCUAUUUUCCCCUUUAGACACUCAGUGACCUGCUCCUGUGCUCAUAUUCCAGCCAAGGUAUUAGCGUCAGUCUCGGGGACAGAUUGUAGACAGUUUGUUUAAUUUGUACCCAUGUGUAAACUGCAUGACAGUCAUAAUGUAUCAAAAUGUAGGCCAGUCAAACUGCAGAUAGAAAAUCAAAACAACGUGAGCUGCAUGUUCCACGAGGCUUUUGCUCCUUUCCCACACCCUCUGAUAUUGUACAGAGUGUUCUCUGUAUCCUUUUUUUGGAUUGACUUGUUUUUUCAAGAGGCAGUUGAAAUUUGGAAGUACAUAUUGUGCAACUGCAGAUUGGCUGGGCUGCCAUACAUGAUCCAAAACAGGAGUGUCUUUUUCUUCCUGUCUUUCUGCAGAAGCACCAAGUCAUCAAGUUUUUAAAAUAGAGACUAUCACAGAACUUUAAACAUGGAAACUGGGUUAAAUGUUGUGAAUAUCCACAGACGCUGGUAUCAGUCUGAUUAGAUCUGCUUUUGACAUGUUUCAUCUGAGUGAGUUUCACUUCUGCACACAGACUUGAUCCCACCAGGAGCGUGCAACCUCCUCAACUCCUCCACCAUUUAUGCCAACAACGAGGUCAGCCUGGCCGAGGUGGAUAUCUACGGCUUCGACUAUGACUACACAUUAGCUCUGUACUCAAGUGCCCUUGACGCAGCAAUCUACAACAGAGCAAAGGAAUUUCUGGUUGAACACUUCAAGGUCAGUCGUGCCCCUUUGAAAGCCUCUAUCUCUCGCAGUCUUCCUGUUUCGAAGCGGCGGAAAGAGGCAAUAGAGCAGCUGUUUACACUGCUUACAAAGCACAAGUGAUAGUAGGAGGAGGAAGAAAGCAGUACUUCACAUUUAAUUAACACUUUAAAUUCAAUUCUGCACCACAAAAACAGACAUCAUGAAUGCAAAUCCAGUGCACUGGAAUUAAGCUAAAGUUAAUAAAUCUAAUUUGUCUCCAUGCUUUGCAGUAUCCCGAGGGCAUCGGCAAAUAUGAUUACAUCCCCAACUUUGCAGCUCGGGGUCUUCACUAUGACAUUGAAAAGGUUAGUCCCUCAUCACAGAUACACCACUGCAGGCAGAGAGAUGUUUAAUCUUCAUCUCAUAUUAACAGUAUCACCAAAAAUCUCUCCAUUCAGGGUCUUUUGAUGAAGAUAGACGCCUUCCACUACAUUCAGCCAGGAACAGUGUAUCGGUAAGAGGCUGGAGCUGCUCUUGAUUUGCACUCUGUUGAAUGCACAAUCACGUAUUUGCAUUUUUUUAUACUUAAAGUGUGUGGUUUUUUUUUUUUUUUUAGAGGACUGAGCCCACUUCCAGAUGAGGAGGUCUGUAAGCUGUAUGGAGGUACUUUCCACGUCCCUCUGCAGCAGGACAGCGGCUUCUAUGGAAAGGUGAGGGUGAUGUUUUAGCAUUCGAGCCGAGAAAGCCUAAAAUUGAUUUCAGUUUAAGCCCGUUUGGUUUGGCGCAGAUGGGAAAGCUCGACAAAUCUGUUCUGAUCUCAUCAAAAAUCGGAAGUAAAGAGGGAUUAAAUCUGUUACUGCCCUGAAAUAUUACAACUGUCUGGUUUCGCCUGGCAUCCCCAUUAUAUAAAACCACCAGUGACUUUUAGGAUCUCAUUUGUUUUGUCGUCAUAAAUCAGGUGGGAGGCAGCAUGCCAAGCCCUGACAAGAAGUGACCAUAAGUACUCUGCGUCAAACCAAAAUAUUUUGUUUUUAGUUCCGCCGCUCCGGAAGCUGCUCUCAGUCAGUCACGAACGGUACAAAACCUUAUUGUGUCCCGCUGUCGAGGAGGUUAAUCUGACUCAUUUGCUAAUUAGGAGCAAUUUGGAACAGAAUCAGGUCCACAUAGUUCUUGGUUCAUUAAGUCUUUUUAAGUGUUUUCCCAGAAGAAGAAGAACAGCUCUCCGUCUUCCAGCUCUCCUUGAAUCAGUUCUCUCAGAAAACAAAAGAAAAAAAAAGGUUUCUGUAGCUCUAACCUCAUUAGGUGGUUCAUAACAGGCUCUCAGUGGUUGGUGGUUGUUGCGCAAAUGGUCCCGACUGAGAUGAUAAGAGUCACUCAGAAGAAUAGAGGCUUAUGAUGGUCAUAGUUACAUGCUUUGAAUGGAUUUCCUUGAUGAUAUUGUGGGCGGUUGUGUGGCAUUAGGGUUACUGCCCCAGCUUUGACAGGAGGAUGUGUCACAGCUUACACAAACUCUGACCUGAUGGCUCUAAAAUGGGGCUACAGUCAUCUAAUACAAACAGCUUAUUCAACAGACGAGUAACUCUUGCACCAACUACCGAGGGUGAUGUAAUCGCGUCCUGAGACAUAGUUGCACAUGCAAACACUGAACAAAAGCACUGCUAUCUGUAUAAACAAGCAGAAGUGAACACAUGCGUAAAAACAGUUCUUUCUUCUCCAGGGACCAAAGGUGAAGCAGUUCAUGGACAUCUUCUCCAUCCCUGAGAUGACCCUGUUGGCCGCAGCGAAUGAUUUCUUCGUCACCAACGACAUUGAAUAUGAUCCGGUUCACCUCUUUAAGGAUGUCUCAGUGAGUCUGCUUCCUGGUUCUCAUAGUAUUCAAUCUUUAAUAAUAUUGUUCUGUUCUGUGGCCUCGGCGUGGAGCUCACACUGGGAAGCUCUGUGACUGAGUGUGUUUGAACGUUUCACACGCUGUGAUUCUUCAGCUGGGGCUGAGGAAUCUGCUGAGCUCAGCCAAACUUUGAAAUGGACUCUCAUGUAGGGAACAGAAAACAAUCAUGGAGCGUCCUCCUGGUCCUGAGGUGCAGGGGUGACGAGGUUUUCUCUAACAGAGAGACACAGCUUUCCUGCUCUGUUCCUGUAAUAUAUACUUAAAAAAGAACAAAACCAAAGGUUUUUGUAUUACCCCCUCUUUCUUUCUUUCUUUCUUUCUUUCUUUCUUUCUUUCUUUCUUUCUUUCUUUCUUUCUUUCUUUGUGUUUGUUUAUUUUUUUGUCCGGCUUUCUUUUAUUUCCUUUUUUGUACAAUUUUUUUCCUCUUUUUUGUCCGCCUUUCUUUCUUUGUACUUAGUUUUUUCCUCUUUUCUUUCUACUUUUCUUUUUACUUCAUUUUCUACUUACUUCGUGUUUUCUUGUUUUCUUUCUUUUUUUUUAAGUUCCAGUUUUCUUUUUCAUUUUGAUUCUCUCAAAUUUUCUAACAAACACUUUUCCCCCUUUUUUUUCUGUUUUUUCAUCAUGCCAUUUCCAUUCUUACAUCUUUUUUUUUUUCUUCCUUUUAUUUUCUCUUAUCCCCCAAAAUAACCUUUUUUUCUUUCUUUUAUUCCUGUCUUUGUUACCUUCUGUCUUUCUAGCAUUUUUCCUUCCAAUUUUCUUUUUUAUUCUGUUUCUCUCAAAUUUUCUAACCAACUUUUUUUUCUAUUUUUCUAUCUUGCCAUUUUCAUUCUUACCUCUCCUUUUUUAUUUCAUUUUUUUCUUACUUUUAUUUCCUUUUUGUAUAAUUUUUUUCUUCCUUUUCCUCUUUUUUGUCUGCAUUUUUUCUUUGUACCAAGUCUUUUCCUCUUUUCUUUCUUCUUUUCUUUUAACUUAAUGUUUUCUUCCUUUUCGUCUUUGUUACCUUCCGUCCUUCUAGUAUUUUUCCUUCUGAUUUCUUUCUUUUUCUUUUAUUCCAUUUUACUUUUUCAUUCUCUUUCUCCUUUAGUUUUUUUUAAUCUUGCCAUUGCCCAUUCUGACCUCUUCUUUUUGUUUUUCUUUUUUUCCUACCUAUCAUUUUCCUCCUUUUUCCAUAAAAAAAAGAAAAAGCUCCAUAAACUCACUGACUCUGAUCCGUUUUGUUGCUGUUUGGUUGCUUAUUUCGGUGACUCUCUUUUUCCUCAGGACGCUGUUGGCAUGGUUCACCUCAAAGGCUUCAUGUAUAAAUGGAUCAUGGAAGAUCUUGGUGAGACACCCUUUUCCUGCUUUAGUGUAAACUCAGCAUAUUUCUGCAUACUUAAAAAAUGAAGCAGUAGUAUAGCGCUGUCUUCUCUCCUCAGAUAAGUUCAUUUUGAGAGGAGAAGAAACCGAUGCUGUUCUGCACCGAUUGGUCAGCAAUGGAAAGAAACUCUUCCUCAUCACAAACAGUCCCUUCAGCUUUGUGUGAGUGCGAGCUCUCUGCGCUGCACGUCUCACUGACUCAUUAAGCGGGUGGUCAGCUCUGUUGCAAUUGUAACGUUUGCUUUCUUCUCCCUGUGCGUAGAGACAAAGGCAUGACGUACAUGGUGGGGAAAAACUGGAGAGACUUCUUUGAUGUUGUCAUUGUGCAGGCAGACAAACCGCAUUUCUUCACUGAUUGUAUCAGGUGAGGACACAUGUUGGAGAAAAUGCUGAGUAAAAACCAUUAACCUCUGCUUUUGUGACUCAUGAUGGAUCUCAGUAAACAGUUUCCUAACACGUGUUCUCCUGCAGGCCUUUCAGACGCUUGGAUGGUAAUGGAGAUCUGCGGUGGGAAAAGAUAAACAGUUUGGACAAAGGACAGAUCUACAAACAGGUCUGUACUUAAGCUACUGUGUGACCUGCAGUUCUUCAUGUUUGAGCAGCUCAUAGUCCAUAUAAGGUCAUCUUUAUUCCUUACUCUGCAUGAAAAUGCCGUUAAAUGUUUUUACUAGUUGCAUUGUGUGCUUUUAAUGAACCAAACAGACUGGUCUGUGAUUUGGUGGGGUUUUUUCUGUUCCAGGGAAACUUGUUUGACUUUCUCAGACUGACAGGUUGGCGAGGCUCAAAGGUUCUUUACUUUGGAGACCAUCUUUACAGCGACUUGGCAGUAAGUGGCGAGACAAAACAUUGCCAGCACUAAUGGGUUCCCUGUCCACUGUUUGACUAAAUGAUGGGCUUAGAGUCCACCAGCAUAACUGGCACAGAUUUCAUCCGUUGCACUUUAAUGAAAUUCCUCCAGGAGUGGGAACCUAACACAAAACGUAACUUCCAGGAUUUCUUACGGACCUCAGUUUGCUCAUAUUAAAUGGUGCCAGAAAUCUUUCAUUCUGCCUCAUUAGAAGUCUGCACAAAACAAACAAAUGCACAUGCUCUGAGGCCCAAAGCCCUCACGUGUUGCACAAUUCUGAACAUUUCCAAUGUGGCAUACGGGUUAGGCAAGAUUGAGCUGCAUGGAAAUGAUAAAUACCAAACAGCAGAUGGCAGUAAAGAGCUGUUGGAUAUAAUGGUUUGAGUUACAAUGUAAUUAAACGUUUUCCUGACAACUUAUUUUGGUAUGUCUGCUGUAAACAAGUGCUGUAAACAAAGUCAAAAAAAGCAGAAGAGUAGCAUUUAGGAUAAAGUAAAACAAAAUAAAGUGUAUCAGAGUAAAGAAACUGCAAGAAAGUGUGAAAGGCAAUGCAUAAAUAAAAGUUCAGAAAUGCAGUUACAGCUUACUAAGAUAAAAUUAUGUCUUAGAUAUGAUAAAGGACAUGAAUGUGCUGUGCAGAGCUUAUCAAAAGGCAAAAGAGAGCAACUAUCAUAACUGGAAUUUGGAAAACAGAUGUCAAAACCCCUGAGAUUUGACCUGAGGUGCUAAAACCUGGUCUCAUGGGAUCUUACUGUUCAGGCAGACCUGAGGUGUAUGUAUCCAAAGGUUUUUAGGUGAUUCAUAACCAACAGAAACAGUUUAAAAUCUUAAUGCAACUUUCUGACACACCGAUAAAAGGGAAGACACAACAUGUGUCACCAUUCCUGCUCAGACACAUUCAGACAUCAUCAAAUGUUUCCUCUAGGCUUACUCAUAGGUUAUUUUUUUCACACCAGGAGGGAAAUAUUUGGCUCUGGUUGAAUUUGCUUUGUUGUUUACACUGCUUCUUUCCUAAAUAAACACAGUGCAUGUGAUUUAUCGUUUGGUGCUUGCAGCACGCUAUAAAUCAUUCUUCUUCUUUGCCAGAGUUUAACCAAACUAAUUCCCCUUGUUGUGUUAGGACCUGAUGUUGCGACAUGGGUGGAGAACCGCAGCUAUUGUUCCUGAGCUGGAGUACGAAACCAAAGUGGUGUGCACAGAUCAGUAUGCUAUGAACCUCACCUGGUUGCAAGCUCUAACUGGACUGAUGGAGCGCCUGCAGGUGGGAACUAAACAUUUAGCAACUGGUGUUGGAGUUUGGGGAACAAAAUAGGCCUAAUAGAUAGCUGCUUUUGAAAUUUAUGUCACCUUUAACCUGGAACUUGUCUUUGUCUAUGUGUUUUAUGGUUAACUGCAGCCGUGAUUUGCUCAUGGCUUUGUCUUCUUUCUCGUAGAUUCACCGAGAUGAAGAUUCAAAAGAGGUUUUUCAGGAAUGGCAGAAGGAGAGAGAGGAGCUCAAGUGAGUGCAGCACAUAUGUGUGAUUAUCUUAUCAGCUUUGGAGGUUAACAUAGAAAUUUAAAGCUGAAUCUACAUCUGUGUGAGCCACAUAAAGAAAGUUAGGUUCCAAUGCCUACAUGUACCAAGAUGCACUGCACCCAAGUAACUUGAGUCUCAACUCAGGGGACUCAUUUUGGGGGCUUUUAAAUUAUGGUCCAACUCAUUCAAGUUUCAUAAUACGGCCAGCCAAGAACACUCCCACGGCACCCUGCAGACAUUAUUACAUAAAACAACACAUUCUGAUAUCCUAGUAACUUAUAACCUAACUUUUUUUUGUUGCAGGGUGAUGACAAAGAACCUGUUCAACCCUCAGUUUGGCAGCAUCUUCAGGACAUCUCACAACCCAUCUUACUUCUCCAGACGUCUGUCUCGGUUCUCAGACAUCUACAUGGCCUCUCUCAGCUGUCUUUUGAACUAUGACCCGACAUACACCUUCUACCCGCGCCGCACCCCGCUGCAGCAUGAGGCUCCUCUGUGGAUGGACCAGCUUUGCACAGGCUGCAUGAAGACGCCUUUCCUGGAGGAGAUGUCGCACAUUCGAUGA